UUCUUUUUUCUUUUUGUAAAUUAAAAGCUGACCAAAAAUUCGUAAUAUUUGUUCAUGAGUUGUUUUAUAUAUAUCAGUCUAUAAAAAUCAAAUCUAAGAAUAAAGCGACAUCUUUAUGUAAAUGGUUGCAACUAACAAUCACUAAUAAACAACAAAAAAAACGAGAAUCCCAAAUUAUUUCGAUAAUAAAUUUUUAGGUAUCAUCAUGUUUAAAAAAGAUAACGAUCCUAAUUCUAGCCAUCGUAAAAGUGUUUCCGGAAUAUUAAAAAAAUCCAUUUCGACUAACAAAACGAAUGUGGCUAGCAAAUCUAAUGCUCAAACUUCAUUUUCCAACAAAAACGAUGUAUGCUCGAUGAAUGAUUCAAAAGCCAAGAUAAAUGUAGAAUUUGAAAGCAAUGAUUCUACAGAAGUUUCGAGCCAAUCGAUAAAUGAUGUGAAUAAAGAAGAAAUGCCAACUUCGACAGCAACGGAAAAAUGUAUUAUAUUGCCGUCAACAUCGAAACAGAUGAGCAAACUUAAUCUAGUCUUAAAUAAUUUAAAUCAGAAACCUAUGGAUCAAUCAUCGGAUGAUGAUGAGCAAAGUUUGGACAGUUCUUCAUCACAAAUUUUUUCGAAUUCAGGGAAUGGAAAUCAUCCAAUCAUUGAUCCGCAAUCAUCUGCAUUGAGAAUAAACAAUAAUGCUAAUUCAAUUCAAUUAAGCUCAUCGACUGAUUCUGAAGAUUUUGAUUUUAUCACUGAUUUCAAUAACAUUACCGUUUCGAAUAUUCCACCAAAUAAUUUAUCAAUGGAUCCAAUGCGACCAGUGAAUCAUAAAUGUUCGAAACAAUCUCAUUCAUCACUAGUGGGCCAUGAACAUCAAUCUACUUCGAAUGAUAUUCCGAUGAUUCGCAAUUGUUCAUCCAUACCAAACAAUAUGAAUUUUUUGAAGCAUUGUUUGAAAACCAUAGAAAUGAAUAUUACAUCCAAAACAAAUCGAAUCGCUGAUUUUGGCAGUAAUAAUAAUACUUGUUUAAAUAGCAAUUGUAGUAGUAUGAUCAAUUCACUUGCAUAUAAUUGUAAUCAUAAAUGUAAUUGUAAUAAUCAUCUUCAUCAUUCUCAAUAUCAGCAUCAGCCACUUCAUAAUAUUCGAACAACAGGUCCGUCAUUGUUGGAACAACAUAUGAAUCAACAAUUAAUCAAGAGUAACUACCAACAGCAAAAAGAUAACGGAAACAAUUUGGAAAUGAUUAGUUCGAUCCAGGCAACCAAGAUCAUAAGCAAUCAUUCUAAUAUUGACAAUAUAAACAGUUCGAAUACGAACCUUACAUCUACUGCUGUAACGACAUUGACCAGUUCAUCCACUGGUCUCCCAGUAUCAGCAUUGACAGCCAUGGAAUCACCAAAAAUAUUGAAUAAUCGUUCGCAUAAUUGGCAAGCAUACAUGCCUACAUUGAAACACAGAAUGGCUACCAUUUUCAAUCGUGAUAUUUUAGCCGAUGUAUAUUUUCUUGUUGGAAAAAAAUCGAAAACACGAUUUGCAGCACAUAAAUUUGUACUUUCGAUUGGUAGUGCUGUAUUCAAUGCAAUGUUUAAUGGACUUUUAUCCAAAAGUUCUGAUUGUGGUGAUAGAAUAGAUGGAACAGAAGAUGAUACUCAUGAGAUUGAACUGCCUGACAUUGAGCCAGAAGCAUUUAAAGCUUUGCUUCGUUUUUUAUAUUUGGAUGAAGUAGAUAUUGACGCUGAAACUGUAAUGACUACAUUAUAUGCUGCAAAAAAAUAUGAAAUCCUAUCGUUAGAAGCUGAAUGUGUCAAUUUUUUGAAAGCCAAUCUGAAUCCAGAGAAUGCUUUCAUGUUAUUAACACAAGCUCGAUUAUUCGAUGAAACGAAUUUGGCUGAAUUAUGUUUGGAUACCAUUGAUAAACACACAAUUAAUUCACUUCAAUCGGAAUAUUUUCUCGACAUUGACCUGAAUACAUUGAAAAUUGUUCUUGGUCGUGAUACUUUACGAAUUAGGGAAGCUUCGUUGUUUGCUGCUAUAUUGAAAUGGGCUGAAUCAGAAUGUAUUCGCAAAAAUUUGCAGGUCAAUACCGAAAACAAACGACAAAUUCUAGGCGAUGCUGUCUAUCUACUCCGAUUUCCAUUGAUGACGAUCGAAGAAUUUGCCAUGACAGCCGCACAAUCCGGCUUGUUGACCGACAAAGAAGUUGUAAAUUUAUUUCUUUACUAUACUAUUGAUUCCAAAUGUGCUAUACCGUUUUCAUUUGAACCUCGUUGUUGUAUCACUGGCGAAGAAUAUUCCGUGAAUAGAUUUCAACGAACAGAAAGUCGUUGGGGAUAUUCCGGAUCAAGUGAUCGUAUUCGUUUCUUAACUGAUCGUCCUAUAUUUGUAAUCGGUUUUGGUCUUUAUGGUUCCAUCCAAGGACAAUCGGAGUACGAAGCGAUUAUUGAAAUAAUUCAUACUGGUUCGGAAAAAGUAAUCGCUUCGAAUAAUACACGUUUCAUGUCAGAUGGAUCUGAUUCGACAUUCAAAGUUAUGUUUCAAUAUCCUGUCGAGAUAUCUCAAAAUACUAAUUAUACUGCUUGUGCAACGUUGAAAGGUAUCGAUUCCUAUUAUGGAACGAAUGGAUGUCGUACAUUGACUGUUAAUCUUGACAAAGGACACAAUGGCAAAGAUACGGUAACAUUUCAAUUUAGUUAUGCUGCUGGGUGUAACAAUGGUACAUCGAUUGAAGAUGGCCAAAUUCCUGAAAUUCUUUUUUAUGUUUGAAUAAAUGUAACACACAUAAUAAACAUUCGACGAUAAGUUCAUAAUAA